AUGUCUAGAGAGCAGCAAAUUCCUCUUAGCGAAGCACCACCACUAUAUGUUGAAAAAAUAGAUGGCCCCGUCUCUGCCCUUGAAGUACCACAAAAUUCAUCAUUUCAAUCACCAUUACCACCACCAUCCCAAAAAUUUCGUGAUAUUCCCGUACAAGCUUAUUGCCCAAGUUGUGGUCAAACUGGAUUAACACAACUUGACUAUGUUAAUGGCUUAUUGGUUUGGUCAGCUGUUCUAUUACUUAUUUUAUUUGGUUUUAUUUUUGGUUGUUGUCUUAUACCAUUUUGUGUAAAACCAAUGAAAGAUAGAAAACAUCUAUGUAAAAAUUGUGGAACAACUAUUGGUUAUUAUAGAAAACUAGAAAGUGUUUUUGGUUACUAG